UCUGUAUAACUGCUUGAUUGACAUGCAUUCAGAUUCAUAUUCAUAUUCAUAUCACAUCUCAUCUACCCAAUCCCCACACUGUCAGCAUUUCACGUAAUCACAUCUACCGAUUCCUUCUCCCCCUUCACUGCCUCCAUUAGACUCGGAACUCCCAUCUCUCUCUAUGGACCCAACUACCAGAACACCACCCUUCACUUCCACUAUUCACAUACAUAUCUUUUCUUUUUUCUUUUCUUUUUCUGUUUUUCUUCUUCUUCUUCUUCUUCUUCUUCUUCAAUCAAUUCAUUCUUUAUGUUUGUCAAUGCUCAGAAGAACAAUUAUAACACAUGGCGUUCGUGAGGCUUGGUUCCAAAUCUGAAGCAUUUCGCCUUGAAGGCCAAACUUGGCAUUGCACAAGUGGGCUUCCAAGUGAUGUCACUAUUGAAAUUGGAGAGAUGUCCUUUCAUCUUCACAAGUUUCCCUUGCUGUCAAGAAGUGGACUACUAGAAAAGUAUAUCAGAGAUUUUUGCAGUGAUGAUGGAUCAAUUUGUGUGUUGCAACUUCAUGAUCUGCCUGGUGGAGCUAAAGCAUUUGUGCUCAUUGCUAAAUUUUGCUACGGCGUGAAAAUGGAGCUCACUGCUUUGAAUGUAGUUGCUCUCAGGUGUGCAGCUGAGUAUCUUCAAAUGAAUGAAGAUUUUGGGGAGGGAAAUCUCAUUGUCCAAACAGAGACUUUUCUUAAUGAAGUCUUUGGCAAUUGGGCAGACACAGUCAAGGCUCUCAAUACCUGUGAAGAAGUUCUACAAUUUGCAGAGGAACUUCACAUUGUUUCCAGAUGCAUAAGUUCCUUGGCAACGAAAGCUUGUGCAGAUACAAACUUACUUAAUUGGCCUGUGGCAGGAUCCAAUAGCAUGCCGAGCACAACAGGUGCUGUUUUAUGGAAUGGAAUAUCUACUACAUCAAAACCGCAACCCGUGGGUGAUGAUUGGUGGUAUGAGGAUGUGUCUUUUCUUUCUUUACCUCUCUAUAAACGAUUGAUUCAAGCUGUUGAACUGGGAGGCAUGAACUCUGAAAGAAUUGCUGGUUCACUCAUGUUUUAUGCUAAGAGGCAUGUCCCCUUGAUGAAUAGGCAAUCUAACUUCAAGGACACAAAUGACAUUAACCCCGGGUCAACAACCAUAUCUGCCCCUCCCGAGGCAGAUCAGAGGGCUCUCCUUGAAGAGAUUGUGGAGUUACUUCCUAAUCCGAAAGGGGUUACACAUACUAAGUCUCUGCUUAAGCUACUCCACGCAGCCAUGAUUCUACAUGCAAGUCCCUCAUGCAGAGAGAAUUUAGAAAAAAGGGUAGGGGCACAGUUAGACCAAGCCUCUUUGGAAGAUCUACUAAUACCGAAUAUGGGCUACUCAGUGGAGACUCUCUAUGAUAUAGACUGUUUUCAGAGGAUUCUUGAUCAUUUCAUGGCAAUGGAUCAGGCUGAAGCUGCAUCUUCUCCUUGCAUAGCUGAAGAGGGAGAGUUGAUCGAAGGGGCUUCUUCACUAACAUCGAUAACAAUGGUGGCCAAUUUGGUGGAUGCAUACCUUGCUGAUGUGGCCCCUGAUGUUAAUUUGAAGUUCCCAAAAUUCCAGUCGCUUGCUGCUGCCAUCCCUGAUUAUGCCAGGCCACUUGCUGAUGCCAUUUAUCGUGCAAUUGAUAUAUAUUUGAAGGCACAUCCUUGGCUCACAGAUUCUGAGCGGGAACAGAUCUGCAGACUUAUGAACUGCCAGAAGCUCUCAUUAGAGGCUAGCACCCAUGCAGCCCAAAAUGAGAGGCUACCUCUCCGAGUGAUUGUCCAAGUCCUAUUCUUUGAACAGCUUCGGCUGCGUACAUCAAUUUCUGGUUGGUUCUUUGUCUCUGGCAAUCUUGAGAACUCACAAAAUCCCAAUGCAAACCUUGCACUCACUACCCAAGACAGAGCUGUGGGGAUUGAUGAUGUGAGGGAACGUGUUUCUGAGCUUGAAAAGGAGUGCCAGACCAUGAGACAAGAGAUUCAGAACAUAGUGAAGACAAAGAGAAGUUGGAACAUUUUUUGGAGACGAAAACCCCGGCAUACUAAUUCUAAAGAAUCUAAGGCCUCAAGUUUAAAGGCACCACCACCAGCAUCUGUGAAUGGACAGAAAAAUCAUGAAAAUGGCGAGUCAAGAAACUAAAUUUUGAAGGUUCAAGUAACACUACAUCAUGUCGGUAUAUUUUUUUAUUUUUAAAUUAAUAGAGAAUCUUCCCCUCCCCUAAUGCUAGGUUGUUUCCUCUUUUUAUUUAUUUUUAUUCAUUAAAUAAUGCCAAUAGCUUCUUUUUUUAAUUAUUAUUUUUUUUUUCUUUAGAUGCUAGCUUGUAUUUUUUCGUUAUCCCUCAAUUGUAUUUACAAGUUUCUGUUCUCCAUACUAGCCUGAAUUAUGAUUUUGUUAAAAGAUCAUUGGAGGACUAGUAAAAUGAAUUUCUUUUACUAUCAUGAGCCAAUCAUUGUAAAGGAUGGUUUUGUCAAGAUUUGGAGGAUGAAGAUAGGGUUUGGGUAGGAUUCUUUCAAUGUUCUAUGGCUUUUUGGCUAA